AUGGCGACAGAUAACGACGACCAGCCUCAGGGCACCAAACGGCCGCACAAUGAAGUUGAAAAAGAAGACGCCAGUGAAUCUGACUCGGACGACGACCUUGGCCCAGCACUGCCAUCCGCCGAACAACCCAGCAAGAAGAAGAGGAGGAAGCUCAAGUUCGAGAAGCAGUACAUUGCCGCUCUGCCUUCUGCGACGAGAUACUCCAAGUCGCUGAUGCACAAGGAUCAACUGUCCUUCUGUACCAUUACACCACACACCGACUUCCUCAUCACCAGCUCCAUCGACGGAUACGUCAAAUUCUGGAAGAAAACGUCGGGUGGCAUUGAGUUUGUGAAGGAGUACAAGGCACAUGAUGAUGAAAUACGAGGCGUGACUGUAAGCGCAGACGGGCGAAGCUAUGCGACUGCAGGUGUGGACGGGACAGUCAAGAUAUUCGACGUCGAGACGUUCGACCUACUGGCUAUGCUUGAGCCUGAAAAGCCACCCAAUGCCGUCUGUUUCGUGCACGGUCACGGCUCUUCGUAUCCCAUACUGGCCGUAUCAAAUCAGACCGAUGGUGGAAUUUCCAUGUACGACGGGCGAGGCGAGAACCAGACACCGUUGCAUGUCAUAUCGAGCUUGCACAGGAAGCCGGUACAUGUCAUGGCAUACAACAAUGCAUACGACUGCGUAGUAUCGGCCGAUGAGAAUGGCAUGGUCGAAUACUGGACACCAUCUGGAUCAUACGAAAAGCCGGACAACGUCUUCGAGAUGAAAAGCAGCACCUCCUUGUUUGAGUUCAAGAAGGCCAAGUCGAUCCCGUGCUCAAUCACGGUGUCAUCCACGGGCCAGCAAUUCUCGACUUUCUCUUUCCCUGAUCGAAAGGUUCGAGUCUUCGACUUUCCAUCGGGCAAGCUGUAUCGUACCUAUGAUGAGAGCAUCGCCACCAUUACCGAAAUGCAGCAGGCUGGUACGUUGAGCAGUGAACCGUUGGAGGCGAUUGAAUUUGGCAGGCGCAUAGCCGUGGAGCGCGAGAUCGAGAACCCCGCAGUCCGCAGUCGAAUCAAUAUCAUAUAUGACGAGAGUGACCACUUCAUUCUGUAUGGAAGCAUUCUUGGCACCAAAGUCAUCAACACCCUAUCGAAUAAGGUGGUCAAGACAUACGGGCGAGAAGAGCCAUUCAGGCCACUCAAUCUUGCUCUUUACCAGGGACAGCCAGACAAGAAAGGCGUCGUCACAGUCCAGAUGGCCACGUCCGAUAACCCACUGCUCGCUGAAGCUGAAGCCCGUGACGCUAUGCUUGUCGCCACGGGUUCAGGCAAAGUCCGAUUCUACAUGUUCACCAACGACAACAGCGUCUCCAAAUCGGACCGUGACAUUCACAACGAACGACCUCGCACUCUCAGCACUACCAAGAAAGCCGAAGAGGAGGCCCGCGAGGCUAGGAUGGGUACUUCGGCCACAAUCCACACCACGAUAGGCGACAUCCAGAUUCGUCUUUUCCCUCAACAUGCUCCCAAAUCCGUCGAGAACUUUACGACACAUGCACGGAAUGGGUACUACAACGGCAUCAUCUUCCACCGCAUCAUUCGAAAAUUCAUGAUCCAGACUGGUGAUCCUCUCGGCGAUGGCACCGGCGGCGAAUCAAUCUGGGGUAAAGAGUUCGAAGACGAGUUCACUCCAGAGCUUCGACACGACAAGCCCUAUACAGUCAGUAUGGCCAAUGCAGGACCUGGGACCAACGCCAGUCAAUUUUUCAUCACCACAGAGAAGACGCCGUGGCUGGACGACAAGCACACAAUCUUCGGGCGUGUGGUGAAAGGGAUGGACGUGAUUCAUUUGAUUGAGAAUGCUAAAGUGUGGAAGGAGAAGCCCGUAGACGACAUCAAGAUGAUCAACAUCAGUAUUGGAUAA